UCUUUCUUUCUCUUUUGCAUAACCAUCACCAGCUUGAGGGCAUCCAUCGGAUGAGUUUUAAAAGUUGAGUAUUAAUAAAAGGUUAGUAGACAUUUGUUAGAUAUACGAUACAUAGUUUAUAAUAAUUAUCUUAUAUGUUUUUUUCCCAAACCGGCAUUCUCUUACUUUGCUUUCAAGAUGAGUAAUACAGAGGUAGCAGUGAUUGUUUAUUGGGGUGGUUGUUUACAAGAAACAAAUUAAAGACCUUCAUAUUCUGGGGGCUAUAAACAAUAAUUAGGGUUAACAUCGGCAGCACUUUGAGUGCGUUGCAAGAAACGAUUGAUGCUGCUAUUAACUUCAACUUGAGCCAUAACUAUAUGAACAUCAAGUGUAGAUGGCCUAUAAAUCGUGGUACUAGUACUAUAAUUAAUAUUGAUAGUGAUAGAGCAGCAUCAUUAAUGUUGAGGUUGCAUACCCCAAUAUUAAACGUGAGUGAAGGAGGACUGUGUGUAAUCCCAACCACUACAUACACUAUGGACACUUUCUUCAGCGGUGCGCCACUGAUAAAUAAUGAAGUUGGAAGCUCCAGUGGUCAUCAGCAUUGAAGAUGUAAUGAAGAUCCUAUUACACCUGCAAAUGAGGCUGAUAAUGUUGAGUUUGAAGCCCCUACAAAUGACAACAAUGAUGAUCACAGUGAUGACUAUGAUGACAAUGAUGAUGAUGAUGAUCACAACAAUGAUAACAGUGAUGAUGAAGAUGAAAGCAGUGAUGAUGAUGCAAGUUUACCCACUGAUGUGCAAGAAGGUGUAAUAGCAGAAGAUGCCAUACACGCAACCACCUCAAACAUGGAGCAAGGGGCAAAUGUGGCCUCACAUGAUUACACACAAUUUGAGCCUAUCUCUGGUAUGUCAACAACAGAUGACUGGUACAAUGCAACAGAAAUAGAUGAUGUAGAACCGCAUAUAUCAACCGGAGAUGAAGAGUCAUUAAACUUCAAUGAUUGGGUUGGUCGUAUGUUUAAUUCAAAAGCACAAUUAAUAGGCUUGCUGAGUUGCUGGUCUAUAAUAAAAGCAGUUACAUUUAUUUGUGUAAAGAGCAAUAAAUCCAUGCUCACUGUAAAAUGUGCCAGUUCAUAUUGUGAUUGGCACCUUCAUGCUUCAGUUUCAUCUAGAACAUCUCUAUAGGCUGUGAAAACUUGUCCGAUGCGACAUAGUUGCACCAAUGAAAGAAUCCAAUCUGACAAUCGGCAUUGCACAAGUAAACUGAUAUGUGAAUUAGUGUUAUCAACAUUAAGAGCUAAUUUAAGCCUUAGCAUAGCACAAGUACAAGCAAUGGUGAAAGACAUGUACCAUGUUGAUGUCGGUUAUACAAAGGCUUGGAAAGGGAAGAAUAAGGCUCUCAAACGUAUAUUCGGAUCAUGGGAGCAGUCUUAUGCUGAAUUGCGGAUGUAUUUUACUGCUUUGACCAUCUCCAACCCAGGUACUAUUAUUGACUUUGAUUCUGAAUGGGGUCCUGGAUGGGAGCGUUUGAAAAGGGUAUUUUGGUCUUUUGGGCCAUCUAUAAUUGGUUUCAAUUCUUGUCAUCCCGUUCUCUCAGUAGAUGGGACAUUUUUGCAUGGGAAAUACAAAGGAACUCUAUUAAUGGCUACAGGGGAAGAUGCUGAAGAUCACAUAUUUCCUUAUGCAUUUGCUAUAGAUGAAGGUGAGAAUAGAGAAAGUUGGUUAUGGUUUUUACAUAAUGUAUACAAAACAUUAGAUCCUACUCGUCCUAUAUGCAUUAUCUCUGACAGAUUCAGAGGUAAUGUAAAUGUUGUUCGUGAUGCUUUCCCUCCACAAUACGGCCAUGUUCAUCGGUACUAUUUGCGACAUCUUACUGAUAAUUUUUUACAACUUUGCAAAAGCAAAUCUGAUGCUGAUCUUUUUUGGAGGGCGUCAACAGUUGUUUCGGCACAAAAAUUUGAAGAGUUGAAGAACAUAUUGACCGAAAGAUAUCCAAUGUUUGUUGAUUUCUCCUCAUCUAUUGGGCCAAGAGAAAUGUGGACAAUGGUGCAUGAUAAUGGUAGACGUUGUGGACGCCACAACACUAAUUUAUCAGAAAGUUUUAACUCAGUUCUCAAAGGUGCUCGUGGUUUACCGGUAAGAGCUCUUGUAUCAUCCACUUUCCAUUGUACUAUGAUGUAUUUUUUUAAAAACUGUGAGCGUGGACUUGCUAUGAAUCAAACUUUGACAAAAAAGCAAGAAGCAAGGAUGCAUGAUGGUAUUGAGAAAGGCCGAUAUUUAAGCGUUCGACGCUUUAAUGAUAAUGAAUUUCAAGUUACAAAAUGUGUUAAUGAGGAUACAAUUGAUUAUAAAGUAGUCCUUAAUGGAAUUCAUUCAACAUGCACGUGCAGAUUUAUGGUUGCUCGCCGAUUCCCAUGCAUACAUGUUUUGAAAGUAUGUAAUGCUACAAAUGCAAAUAUUAACCCAUAUGUGUUGUGCCCUCCUUGGUAUAUACUCUAGGCUCUUAUAGACAGACCUAUGCUCCAUGUUUUCAUCCAGUACCGAGUUCACAGUUUUGGCAAUCUGUUCCUGGACCAAAGAUGGUUCCACCUGUAGGACAAUGGACCACCGGUCGACCAAAGAUCAGACGUAGACACAUGCACAUGGAUCGAAACCCUGAUCCCAGCAAACAUAAUUUAUGCUCUUUAUGUAAAUAAGCUGGACAUUAUAGAACUACUUGCCCAACACGGGGUAGAAAUAUGUAAUGUGAUGAAUGUAUUUUGUA